GACAUGUCAGGAGGGCGUGAUAGGGUCUGCAGAUGACGUAGAGCGCUCCUUUGCCUUUAGAGCUCGGAGCAGGGAAGGGUGUCAGGAUCCGUCUGUUCUACCGUACGCAGGGUCUUCACCCCCGAAAAAUCUUCGGGGGCUGAACAUUGCGGCUAGCUCUUUGGGAGGGAAUUCUGGUGGUUCCUGCAAUUACCGUAGAGACGUCUGAUCGCUUCUACCUGGCUGACUUACAAGGCUUUCCCGCUGGGGCCGUGCCCUCUGGGAAGUGGAACGACUAUUGCAUACCCACUGUCUCGGGAGUUGUUGCCUGUGUGUUGGGAAAGGAGGAAUUGACUCCUUUUGUAUAGCUUGUUUUGUUUUGUUUUGUUUUUUUUUUAGAGCUUUUGACAUCCAUUGAAGAGUUCAGACUCUUAAGUGUCUAACUGACCGGCCAUAUUGAGUGAUACACUUGGCCAAGCUUACGAAGAAAAAAGUGAUCUUGUUGAAGAAUGGGGUUUUUCACUUAGUAACAUGUAACCGUGGGUUUGUGUUCUUGCCCGUUUAGAAGGGUGGGAAUGAGAGGAGCCAGCAGCCCCUCAGUAUUUACAGAUCUACCUGAGAUCACUAAGUUUACUCAUCUGCCUUAGAAUUUUUAAUGGUUGACUUGUAGGAACUAUCCUAAUACUUUAUUUCAUUAUCUGAAGCUUUAUUCACCGAGAAGUUACCUUGUUUAUAUUACAUACUUCACAGAGUUGCCCUGGCUAGCAUUUGAAACAGGAAAUGUUUAACUUUUCAGUCCCAAGUCCAUGUGCCUUUGCAGUAGCCAUGUGUUUUAAUUUUAAUCUCUGCCUUCUGAGGUUGGUUUUCCAUUCUUGGCCAUACUUCCCCAGUAAGAAGCGGAAGAGAAGCCGCUGGAACCAAGAUACAAUGGAACAGAAGACAGUGAUUCCAGGGAUGCCUACAGUUAUUCCCCCCGGACUCACUCGGGAACAAGAGAGAGCAUAUAUAGUGCAACUGCAGAUAGAAGACCUGACUCGUAAACUGCGCACAGGAGACCUGGGCAUCCCCCCUAACCCUGAGGACAGGUCCCCUUCCCCUGAGCCCAUCUACAAUAGUGAGGGGAAGCGGCUUAACACGCGCGAGUUCCGCACCCGCAAAAAGCUCGAGGAGGAGCGGCACAACCUCAUCACGGAGAUGGUUGCGCUCAACCCUGACUUCAAGCCACCCGCAGAUUACAAACCUCCAGCAACACGUGUGAGUGAUAAAGUCAUGAUUCCGCAAGACGAGUAUCCAGAGAUCAACUUCGUGGGGCUGCUGAUUGGGCCUAGAGGGAACACCUUGAAGAACAUUGAGAAGGAGUGCAACGCCAAGAUUAUGAUCCGGGGGAAGGGGUCUGUGAAAGAAGGGAAAGUUGGGCGCAAAGAUGGCCAGAUGUUGCCAGGGGAAGACGAGCCACUUCAUGCCCUGGUCACCGCCAACACUAUGGAGAAUGUGAAGAAAGCAGUCGAGCAGAUAAGAAACAUCCUGAAGCAGGGUAUCGAGACCCCUGAGGACCAGAAUGAUCUACGAAAGAUGCAGCUUCGAGAGUUGGCUCGUUUGAACGGAACCCUCCGGGAAGAUGAUAACAGGAUCUUAAGACCCUGGCAGAGCUCAGAGACCCGCAGCAUUACCAAUACCACAGUGUGUACCAAAUGUGGAGGGGCUGGCCACAUUGCUUCCGAUUGCAAAUUCCAAAGGCCUGGUGACCCCCAAUCAGCUCAGGAUAAAGCACGGAUGGAUAAAGAAUAUUUGUCCCUUAUGGCUGAACUGGGUGAAGCGCCCGUCCCAGCAUCUGUGGGCUCUACCUCUGGGCCUGCUACCACACCCCUGGCCAGUGCACCUCGGCCUGCUGCUCCCGCCAAUAACCCACCUCCACCGUCUCUCAUGUCUACCACCCAGAGCCGUCCACCCUGGAUGAAUUCCGGUCCUUCAGAGAGUCGGCCCUACCACGGCAUGCAUGGAGGUGGUCCUGGGGGGCCUGGAGGUGGCCCCCACAGCUUCCCACAUCCGUUACCUAGCCUGACAGGUGGGCAUGGUGGACAUCCCAUGCAGCAUAACCCUAAUGGACCCCCACCCCCUUGGAUGCAACCUCCGCCGCCACCGAUGAACCAGGGGCCCCAUCCACCUGGGCACCAUGGCCCGCCUCCAAUGGAUCAGUACCUGGGAAGUACGCCUGUGGGCUCUGGGGUCUAUCGCCUGCAUCAAGGAAAAGGUAUGAUGCCGCCGCCGCCUAUGGGCAUGAUGCCGCCGCCGCCGCCGCCUCCCAGUGGGCAGCCCCCGCCCCCUCCCUCUGGUCCUCUUCCCCCAUGGCAACAGCAGCAGCAGCAGCCUCCACCACCCCCUCCGCCCAGCAGCAGUAUGGCUUCCAGUACCCCCUUGCCAUGGCAGCAAAAUACGACGACUACCACCACGAGCGCUGGCACAGGGUCCAUCCCGCCAUGGCAACAGCAGCAGGCGGCUGCAGCAGCUUCUCCAGGAGCCCCUCAGAUGCAAGGCAACCCCACUAUGGUGCCCCUGCCCCCCGGGGUCCAGCCGCCUCUGCCGCCCGGGGCCCCUCCCCCUCCGCCGCCUCCACCGCCUGGUUCCGCCGGCAUGAUGUAUGCCCCGCCCCCUCCUCCUCCGCCUCCCAUGGACCCUUCUAACUUUGUCACCAUGAUGGGCAUGGGGGUGGCGGGCAUGCCGCCCUUCGGGAUGCCUCCAGCUCCCCCACCGCCUCCACCACAGAACUAGACUCGGUUUUUUUUAAGAAAAUAUAUAUUAUAGAGAGAGAGAAUUGGUCUCGUUUAAACACACGCCGAACCUCACCAUAUGGAGCCAGACAAUGGGACGCACGCGUGUGAUAGUGUGCACGCGUGUGUGAGUGUGCACGCACCGGGCUGGGCCGAGCGACUGAGGACUCGCUUGGGAACGGGCAGGCGGUAGUAGGGGCGCCAGCUUGUGCUCUCCUGGCGCCCCGUAGCAUCGAGUGUCUUCUUUGUCUUUCUCUCCUCACCCGACUCCCUUUGCCUCUCCCAAACCGGGCCGCCAGGAUCCCUCCCCGCGGCGGCGAUGGCCCGAGCCAUGAGAGUGAGGACUUUCCGCGCCCACUGGUGACCCUCGCGGGCAGACAGCCUCCGCAGCGCCCCUGGUGGACGGGAUGGUUCGGCAAAGCGGCCUGAGUUAUUUUUGUGGACGGAAUCGGAACACGCUGGCUCCAUAUCGUGACAUUUUUAUUAAUUUUUUCUUUUUCCUUUGUUAUUUCCUUAUCUCUCUUCCUUCCUUCAGACUCCGUCCCAGGAGGCGCUCUCCCCGGUCUUCUGCUGCAGUUAGAUUCCUCUUCCCUUUCUCCAGUCCUCGUGCUUUCCAAGGAGAGGGGAACAAAUGGCUUGGCCUUUCUUGUCCGGCUCCUGGGGGGAGGGGGGUCUUCCUCUAGAGGGUUCUCGGAUUUUCAAGGUGCCACGGCCGCUUCCUGGGGCUUCGCUGGCCUUUCAGCUGCGGUGUUGUCUUUGCCAUCCUCCUAGAGUCGUGGCUUGACAGCUCCGGGCCUGGGGUUCCACAUCCAUCCUGGCGCCUGCCGGCAGCAGGUGGGGCCGCCCCAGACACCGGGCGUGGCUUGUCCGCCAGCCUGAGAGUCCCCGCCACACUCCCUGGGCGCUGAGCGGCCUCACGUCCCGUUUGUUCCUCUCCUUCCUGGAAGACCGCCUUCUCCAUUUUAUUUUCAUCCCAAACGUCUGAACGUUUUGCGGUGUCUAAGGGUUUGCGCCCCUUGUUUUUCAUUCUGCUCCUUCCUCCCUCCCCUUCAUGGAGUGAUUAUGUUGACAAUGAUGUGUAACGCGCGUUCUCUUCACUGGUUUAUCUGCAGAAAUUUCUCUGGGCUUUUUUUUUUCCCCGUGUAUGAUUCAGCUGCGUGGACAGGGGGGUGUUCCAUUGAAUAAAAGAGCAGUGUGGUUUUCUGGGUCUGUUCCUUCUUUGCCCUCCCACCA